UCUGCUUUUCCUCCUUCUCCCUGACUGUAACCGUCUCUGGAUUCUUCGAUUGGAACCGCUUCAACGGCCUAGCAAAUGACUCUGAUGACUCCUCCGCCACUAGAUCAGGAGGACGAUGAGACACUUGGUCCCCGCUCCGACUUUCCAGCGGGUCCUCGACCUGUUCAAGUUGUCCAAGCGGAAAACAUUGGUGCAGUGGAUGCUCCUGCGGUAGUGGAUGACUCACCAUCAGGGAGAUUCACCUGGUCCAUUUACAAUUUUUCCAGGCUUACAAGAAAACCCAUAUAUUCUGACAUUUUCUGCGUGGGGGGUUACAAAUGGCAGAUACUUAUCUUCCCAAAAGGGAACAAUAUUGAUCAUUUGUCAAUGUAUCUGGAUGUUGCGGAUUCGUUGACAUUGCAAUAUGGGUGGAGUAUAUAUGCUCAGUUCAGCUUGACCAUUGUUAGUCAAAUUCAUAACAUAGACUCAAUCCGCAAAGAAACACAACACCAGUUCAAUGCACGUGAGAGUGAUUGGGGUUUUACUAGAUUUAUGCCUCUUGCUGAAUUGUAUGAUCCUGGUAGAGGUUAUCUUGUAAAUGAUACAUGUAUAGUUGAGGCUGAUGUUUCUGUACGGACAGAGGUUGAUUACUGUUCUCAUGACUCAAAAAAAGAAACUGGUUAUGUUGGACUGAAAAACCAAGGAGCUACCUGUUACAUGAAUUCUCUACUUCAGACAUUGUACCAUAUUUCUUAUUUCAGAAAGGCUGUGUACCAUAUGCCUACAACUGAGAAUGAUUUGCCUACAGGGAGCAUACCUUUGGCAUUACAGAGUUUAUUUUACAAGUUGCAGUAUGGUGACACUAGUGUAGCAACGGAGGAGUUGACGAAGUCUUUUGGAUGGGAUACACACGAUUCAUUUAUGCAGCAUGAUGUCCAAGAGCUUAACAGGGUUCUCUGUGAAAAGCUUGAAGAUAAAAUGAAGGGAACUGCUGUUGAAGGCACCAUAGAGCAGUUAUUUGAAGGCCACCAUAUGAACUAUAUCAAAUGCAUCGAUGUGGACUAUAGGUCAACAAGGAAAGAAUCAUUUUAUGAUCUUCAGCUUGAUGUAAAAGGCUGUCGAGAUGUCUAUGCUUCGUUUGACAAGUAUGUGGAAGAGGAGCGGCUUGAGGGUGAUAACAAGUAUCAUGCAGAACAGUAUGGUCUACAGGAUGCCAAGAAAGGUGUGUUGUUCAUUGAUUUUCCACCUGUCCUUCAACUUCAGUUAAAGCGAUUUGAGUAUGAUUAUAUGCGAGACACUAUGGUAAAGAUCAAUGACCAUUAUGAGUUCCCCUUGCAUCUGGAUCUUGAUAGGGAUAAUGGCAAAUAUUUAUCUCCUGAAGCAAACAGAAGUAUUCGGAACCUUUACACCCUUCACAGUGUUUUGGUUCACUCUGGUGGGGUUCAUGGAGGACACUAUUAUGCUUUCAUUAGACCAACAUUAUCAAAUCAGUGGUUUAAAUUUGAUGAUGAACGAGUAACAAAAGAAGAUAUGAAGAGAGCUUUAGAAGAACAAUAUGGUGGUGAAGAAGAGCUACCUCAUACAAAUCCUAGGUUCGAUAACUCUUCCUUCAAAUUUACAAAGCACUCAAAUGCUUACAUGCUUGUUUAUAUACGUGAAAGUGAGAAGGACAAGAUCAUUUGUAAUGUGGAUGAGAAGGACAUCGCCGAACACCUUAGGUUGAGGUUAAACAAAGAACAAAAACAGAGAGAGAAGCAGAUGAAGGAAAAGGAUGAGGCUCAUUUGUACACUAUCAUGAAGGUUGCAUGUGAUGUGGAUCUGCAUGAACAAAUUGGGAAAGAUAUAUUCUUUGAUCUUGUGGAUCAUGAUAAAGUGCGAAGUUUUCGUGUUAACAAACAAAUGCAAUUCACCUCAUUUAAGGAAGAAGUUGCACGAGAGUUUGGUGUACCUGUUGAGUGUCAACGUUUUUGGUUGUGGGCGAAACGCCAAAACCACACAUAUAGGCUACAUAGACCACUGACACCUGAAGAAGAAGCUCAAUCUGUGGGACAACUAAGAGAAAAUUCUAGCAAGGCUAAUAGCGCAGAGCUCAAGUUAUUUUUGGAAGCAGAGACGGGGCAGGAUUUGAAGCCCAUUCCUCCACCAGCAAGGUCUAAAGAGGAGUUCUUACUUUUCUUUAAACUUUAUGACCCUGCAGUAGAAGUGCUUCGGUAUGUUGGGAGACUAUUUGUGAAGAGCCAUGGGAAGCCUGUACAUAUAUUAGCCAAACUAAAUGCGAUGGUUGGAUUUGCUCCUGAAGAAGAAAUUGAACUCUUUGAGGAAGUUAACUUUGAGCCUCAUGUUAUAUGUGAACAUAUUGACAAGAAGGUCACAUUCCGUGUCAGUCAGCUUGAGGAUGGAGAUAUUAUAUGCUUUCAGAAGGCUUCACAAGUUGGAAAAAGUGAAGAAUAUCGUUACCCAGAUGUUCCUUCAUUCUUGGAAUAUGUGCAUAACCGCCAGGUUGUACACUUCCGCAAUUUGGGGAAACCAAAAGAGGAUGAAUUCUGUCUUGAGUUGUCAAAGCUUCACAACUAUGAUGAUGUCGUUGAAAGAGUAGCACAACAUCUUGACUGGGAUGAUCCUUCUAAAAUCAGGCUAACAUCUCAUAACUGCUACUCCCAGCAGCCUAAACCGCAGCCUAUCAAGUACAGAGGAGCAGAACAUUUGUCCGACUUGCUAGUACACUACAAUCAGACUUCUGAUAUUUUGUAUUAUGAAGUAUUGGAUAUUCCUCUGCCAGAACUGGAAGGGCUGAAAACUCUUAAAAUUGCUUUUCAUCAUGCUACCACGGAUGAAAUAGUGACUCAUACUAUUAGAUUACCGAAACAGAGCACUGUGGAUGAUGUACUUAAAGAUCUUAAAUCGAAGGUUGAUUUAUCACGUCCUGAUGUAGAGCUUAGAUUGCUCGAGGUUUUUAGUCAUAAAAUCUACAAGGUUUUCCUUCUCAACGAGAAGAUUGAGAAUAUUAAUGAUCAAUAUUGGACAUUAAGAGCUGAGGAGAUUCCUGAGGAAGAGAAAAAGCUUGGUCUUCAUGAUCGGUUGAUCCAUGUUUGUCAUUUCAUGAGAGACACAACUCAAAAUCAGCAUGUUCAGAACUUUGGAGAUCCAUUUUUGUUGGUGAUUUCUGAGUUUGAGACCUUAGCUGAAGUCAAAUUGCGAAUACAGAAGAAGUUGCAAGUUCCUGAUGAAGAAUUUUUUGAGUGGAAGUUUGUUUUUUUAUCAUCUGGUCGUCCUGAAUACCUUCAAGAUUCAAGUGUAGUUUCAACUCGGUUUCAGAGAAGGGAUAUCUAUGGUGCUUGGGAGCAAUAUCUUGGACUGGAGCACACUGACCAUGCCGCAAAAAGGUCCUUUGCAGCAAACCAGAAUCGUCAUACAUUUGAGAAGCCAGUGAAAAUCUCCAACUAGAAAACCCUCAGCCAACUCGUUCAAGCUAAUAUAAUGAGCUCUCUGAAGGCAGUAAGAAAGUUAGGAUGGAGAAGCUGUCAAUGUUCGUACGAGUACUUCGGCGUAUCCGUAUCCAUAAUUCUUAAGCUUUUAGCCUUGAAGCAUUUUGAACUAAAAUCUCUCGAGCACACUUUUGUGGCGAUCAUGAAAAUUGAGUUUUUUUAACUCGUGUAGCUUGGGACAUGCGAUUUUGGUGGAGUGAUCACUGCUGUAUAGUGGCUAUAGGUAUAUUCAUGUCAUCCAAAUAGUGUUUUCCCCGUCGAGUUUUUUUCAUCUUUCCGGAGAUAAGCAUUGAGGAUAGGGGUGACCGUAUUGUUUUUGCAGGGGCCCCCCUCCUCGGGGGAAAAAAAAUCUCGUCAUCUUUUUCUUUAGCUAUUAGACGCAUUACGAGUUGUGUUAAUAUCCUUUUGCAUAGUUCAAUUUUGUAUCUGUAGCAGCUGAAUAUUUUGCUUGGUUGUUUAGAACAAAUAAGUUGACUGACCGAUAAUUGGGCUCAUUGGUUUAACGAAUUUUCGACCUGGAUGUUAGAAAUUUGCUUCUUAUACAAUUUGACUUGUAAUGU